AUGUAUUAUCCCUUCUCUGAUCCGAUUUGUUCACAAAUUUUACCUGAAAUUCAUCAUAAAAUCAAUUGGCUUGAUCUUGAACCAAUUUCUAUGAAACGAAAAUUUCCAUCACGUUGGUUUUAUUACUUAGCAUUUUUUCUUUAUGGUAUUAUGAUGAGCUCAGCUGGUAUAUUGCAUUGUUUUAUAGGUGAUCGACAAACGAAUGAAGAUUCAUCGAAAUUUAUUCGACUAUUUAUUGUAAUUAUUGAUGUUAGUUUAAUAACAUGUAUUGCUGUUACAUUUCUCUUUUGUGAUUUAUGUGAUAUUCAAUUUUUUAAUCCAGAAUCAAUUUUUACACGUUGUUUACUCUUAAGUUCAUAUUUUAUUCUUUUUCUUUUAUGA